AUGGCCCCAAGACGUUCUGGCCUUUACUCCUUGCUCAACGAUGGCUCUUCAGAAUACGAUAUGAUGUCAGAAUCAGACGCUCAUAGCGGGAACACUAGCGAUGCUCCUGCCUCGACUCCCCCUCCCGAAGCCAUUCUUGCGUUGCAUCUGAUAGCCCCAACCGGCUUCGAAGUCCAACCUCACUCACUACGGGUGCAUACCCACAUCCUGGUCCACACCAUGGAAGCUUCACCACAGAGCCGAUACCAUAACGGGGUCGGUCAACCCUACCAGCCCUACGGUGCUGGACACCCGGGCUAUUCAUCACCGAUGGCUAUAGGCCAUGGCGAAAGAGGGACGCCGGGAGCGUACCACCAUGCAGUACAUCCGGGGGCAGGGAUGUCGGGUGCGAUGAUGGCCGGGGAGGCGGGUCUGCCGGCUGGGAUGGCGUCGCUAAACAAGCCGGUCGAGGAUAUGUUCCUCGUACGAAUUGAUACCUACACGGCCUCCAAGGAAGCGGGCGACAAGCGCCAAAAGAAUGCCGACGCCUCCGCGCGCUACCGACGGAGGAAAGCGGAUCAAGCGGCGGAAGAAAAGUCAAAGAUGGCGCAGUUGCAGGAAGAAAACCGAUAUCUCGGAGGCCGCGUGAUCGACCUGACACGGCAGAGAGAGUUUUAUCGAACCGAGAGACAAGCCCUGCGAGAGCUCAUGCUGACAGUGCCGGAGCUUCAGGAGGUCGCUAAGAACCGGCCGCCCACCCUCUGCCGCCGUGUGAAGACUGAUUUGAUGAGAGAGGGGCAGAGUGCCCUUCUCGCCCCCUAG